AAAAAUUUUAAACGAAAAUCAAACAAUUUAUUGGCUUUCUUCGUUUACAAUCCCAAGCAUAAUAUAACACAGAAAAAUCAAUCGCCGGCAUAAGAUAUAUUCUGGACCAUUAAUUCCAUCACGCGAACGCAGACAAAAACCGAAUCAAAAUUUCAAAAACACCUCUUCUCCAUUCCCAUCCAAUCGGCCAGAUCUACUACAAUACAACCAACCUCUCAUAUUUUAUAUUAUAUUAUAUAUAUUCUACUUAAUUAAUUAAUUUAACACACGCUCAGUCAAAUUAAACUCUCAAUCGAUCCUAUCGACCUUCCUUCCCUCUCUUCUUCUCACCCAAACCCUAAUCGAUCGAAUCGGCAAAUAUAUUCUUGAAAUUUACAGCGAGUAAAUUUAUUUAUUUUUUAUUUUUUAAUUUAUUUUUAAAAAAGUUGGUCGAUUUGAAUUCAGAAUGAAAGAGAGGAAAUCAGCGAAAUUGAAUCAUCUGCAGCAACAACAGCAACACCAGAACGGUCACUUGUCUCCGUUCAAAUUCGCUAAAUUGUUCGAUCCGGAGGCAUCUUGGGACAAGGAUCAAUUAGGAGACGUAUUGCAUUGGAUUCGACAAGUCGUGGCCCUUCUAUGUGGGUUGCUUUGGGGUGCCAUUCCUUUAGUUGGGGGCAUAUGGAUUAUUGUGGGUGGUUCCAGGCUUGGCACAGAUGUUAGUACUUCUUUACAGUUAACCCUCGUAGCUGGGAUACCUGACCUUCCAUUCCAGAUUUUGGAUGAUAAUGAGUUGGGAUGAAUGCUACUUGUCAAACUUUGAACUUAGAAAGUUCAUUGCCAUGAACUAAUCAGGAUUAGUUUAGCCAAGUACUGUAGUUGUGAAUCUUUGUGUGCAAAGUUCAAUUACAUAAUGAACUGUUUGGAAUCAGAAGUACUAUACUAAAUAUUGGAAAAUAAUAGUUAUUUUAAGGAAGAUAUUCAUAGGAAGGUAAAGUAAUUCUUAUCUGUUUGGAAUCAGAUUGUUAGAGUUGAAGGAUUUCAAGUUAAUACAUAGGCAGAUCAGUUGGAAAGGAUUGGAUCUGAGACAUCUGACAGAUGAGAAUCCAUGGUUUUAUACUUUGUGGCAUGGCAGUGUCUUACAUGCAGCAUGAGGUUGAUUCGUUGCCUCACAGUGAACUGACCUUGUGAAACCAAUUGAUGCUAUUGUUUUAGCUUUAUAUUCAGUGAAGUUAUUGCUUGAGGAUGUUUGUUGAGUUGCUCAAAGGGUGUGCAUAUAAUGUGUAAUUAGAUGGGGGAAAAUAUUUAUACUUGCAGCUUGAGCUUCCUUAGCUUCUUGGGGUGGUCCCUUUUUUAGGAUUACAGGUGUGCAAUACGUGAGAUCCUAAACAGGAGGGAACUAUUUUGCCUUUACUUUUUCUGUUACCUUAUCUUUUUCACAUUACUUGUGAGAAGCAAACAGAGCCUUAAUUUAAGCAUUCUUUGGCAACUAAUGCAUAGUGCUCUGUUUAAUGGUGUGCAACUUAGAAAAAUUACUGUGCUAGUUAUGUGUGGUAUAGUGGUAUGGUUCAAGUUGAAGGCCGUGGAUAAAUAUAAGUUUGUGUAGAAUGCAACAGUGAAACAAGAUUCUAAGGAGCCUUCCUUAAAUGAUUGUGUUAUGAGCUGUGUUUCUUUUUUUUUUGUUGUACGA